GGCCCCCGUGACCUCCCAGCGUGGGUUCACCUUUCUUGCGUGCUUCCUGGUCAGUGGUGUUCCCGCCAGACUUUCAAGUUUUAAGUUUCAUUUCCGAGACUGCUCGUUCCUCUUCCCGCGGCGUCUCGGUGUCUCGACACGGGUAGCAGAGAGUGCCAGCCAUGGAUCCUCAGCACAGAAGGGCAACGCGCUCAGCUUCGAAGGCCGCAGCCUCCACCCUCACGGCUUCUGUGCAGAUUACGAAGGGCACCCCGACGAAGCCCGCUCAGACGAAGUCUGCCCCGACGAAAGCUGCCCCGACGAAGCCCGCCGAGAGGAAUCCCACCCAGAUGAAGCCCAGCGAGUGUCUGGUAGUCCCCGACGCUGCCCAGCCGGAAGAGCAGAUGUGCUGCCCUACCAGGGCGUCGGCACCCCGGCGGAAAAAGAGCGCCCCUGGCCCCCAGGAAAGGCCGCAUGUACGCGCACGGGGUGCGCGCACUCAGAAGGCGCCUCUGAGCGCCGAGGAUUUUUUGGAUGGGCCGAGGAUUCUGCCUGAGCCACCGGCGGCCCGGGAGCCGCCCCUUCCCAGGGUUGGAUCCGGUUGCGAGAGGGGCGCUUGCUCUGCUCGGGAGCAGAAAUCCCAGCCCUGGCCUAUGGAGGACCCCGGCCAGCACCUGCUGGUCCCAGCGCCUAAUCUCGCCUGGAGGGAGGCAUCAUCCUGCAGCUGGAAGCCCAGGGCCGUGCUGGAUAAGUUGAAGCUGAGACGCUGUGAAAUCUCAGCAGCAGCUGAGGUCGUGAACAAGCUCGUGGACCACCUGCUACGUAGACUGCAGAGCUCCCAGUCCGAGUUCAAGCUUGUGGAGAAGCUGUGUACUGGGAGCUACUACGAGCAAGUGAAGGUCUCUUCUCCUAAUGAAUUUGAUAUUAUGUUCAAACUGGAUGUCCCCAGAAUUGAGCUGGAAGAAUAUCACAACAGUGGUGCCCAUUACUUUGUGAAGUUCAAAAGAAAUCCCAAAGGAAAUCCUCUGAGUCAGUUUUUAGAAAAUGAAGUAUUAUCAGCUUCAAAGAUGCUGUCUAAGUUUAGGGAAAUCAUUAAGGAAGAAAUCAAAAACAUUGAAGAUCUAGAUGUCAUUAUGGAGAGGAAGAAGAGAGGGUGUCCUGCUGUAACACUUCUUAUUAGAAAACCUAAAGAAAUAUCUGUGGAUAUAAUCUUGGCUUUGCAAGUGAAAAGCAGCUGGCCCGCGAGCACCCUGGAAGGCCUGUGCAUCCAAGGCUGGCUUGGAAGGAAAGUUAGGAGAGACCUGAGACUGCAGCCAUUUUAUCUGGUACCCAAGCAUGCAAAGGAAGAAGGCCAUUUUCAAGAGAACACCUGGCGGCUAUCCUUCUCUCACAUUGAAAAGGACAUUUUGAAAAAUCACGGACAAUGUAAAACAUGCUGUGAAACUGAUGGCGUGAGAUGUUGCAGGAAAGAUUGUUUAAAACUGAUGAAGUAUCUUUUAGAACAGCUGAAAAAGAAACAUGGACACCGAAAGGAACUGAAGAAAUUCUGUUCUUAUCAUGUGAAAACUGCCUUCUUUCAUGCAUGCACCCAUCACCCAGAAGACAGUCAGUGGCAGCCCGGAGACCUGGAGCUCUGCUUUGACCGGUGUCUGGAGGGUUUCCUUCAGUGUCUCAGGAGGGACCGUCUUAUUAAUUAUUUUAUUCCUGGACACAAUCUAUUCUCUCAAGACAAAGUUGACAAAAUAAGUAAAGAAUUUCUGUUAAAGGAAAUUGAAUAUGAAAGAAACAAUGGAUUUCCAGUUUUUAAAGAAUCUUGAAAUUAUAUUUUUAAAAAGAGUAAAGAAUUCAAGGAACUUUAUAAUAAUUGGAAUGUUUGAAAUUUGUCACAGCAAUGAUUGAUGAAAAUGAGUGUAAACAACUAUUUAACUCCAUUUGUCUUAAUAAACUCUAUUAUAAAAGGCUUGAUUGUUUUGGGAAAAGAAAUUAGUCAAGGAAUACAAAGCAAAAAGAGUAUUUAAAAUCUAAAAGCUUUACCAGAUUGGAAUGAAAAGGACAAAAUACGUAUCAGUUAAAGUUGUCAAGCACUUAUUGAACAAACACCGCUUUUUCUUAUUACCACCUUUCUCCUGGCACAAAUGUGCGGAAGGUUGCAGAAGACAGUAGUAGAAAUGAUCACAGCCUCCAUUAAACUGGUGGGCUUUGUUCAACAUACAAAUAUAUUUGGAAGUGGUGCCCUGUCCUCAGUGUUAGGAUAGGUAAGAUUGAAAUGAAGAAAUAAGUUCUACAUUGUCUUUACAUGUCUCAGGAAAUUUGUAAUCUUACAGGAAAAUAUUAAGUUAAUA